UCUUGUUUACUUGUCUUGUUUGCACAGUGUUGAGGCUCAGCUCGUCUGUUCUCACUCUUUCAGCUCCUCUCCCAGUCUCCCCGUCUACCUCGCAUCCAAUCCAGAGAGCUGCGGCAGCCGCCUCGUCUGUUGGGAGGCGGCAUCUCGAGCAGUGUCGAGCUCCGGCGCUGGGACGGCGUGGGCAGCAGCUCGCGCUCCAGCUUGGCGACGGCGGUGACGGCGGCAGCAGGCUCGCGGACUCCGGCGCACGGCGGCAUGAGCUUUUUGUUCAGCUGAUGUUUGCUUUCCUGUGAAAAUGUGGGGAAGGUGAAGGAAAAAAAAUCCAGAACAAGAUUCGGAAGUACGCUACUGUUCAUCCAAUCUUUUGCUACAAACGGGCCAAUCUGCGUGAAGGCAUGGCCAGCGGGAUGGUGGUGAGCGCAUCCAUGGGGGUGAUGAAACCCCUGCUUACAAAGCUCACCGUUCUGAUGGGCGAUGAGUACAAGAAGCUCAAGGGGGUCAGGAAGCAGGUGUCCUUCCUUAAGGAUGAGCUCACCACCAUGAGUGCUUUUCUUGAGAAGCUAGCUUUCAUGGAUGAUGAUGGUGGUGAGCUCGAUCCGCUGGUGAAGGACUGGAGGAACCAUGUCAGAGAGAUGACCUAUGACAUCGAGGACUGCAUCGAUGACUUCAUGCAUCAGCUUGGUGGUGGUGCUGAUGCAUCUGGUUUCCUCCAGAAGACGGCUCGCCGUCUCAAGACGCUGCGCGUGCGCCAUCAGAUUGCCAACCAGAUCGACGAGAUCAAGGCUCGUGUGAUCGAGGCAAAUCAGCGCCGCAGGAGGUAUGAGCUUGAUGGAUGCAGCAAUUCCAGAGCUUCUGAGUCUGUGGCUAUAGAUCCUCGCUUAACAGCGCUCUACCAAAAGGCUGAUAAUCUUGUGGGUAUUGAUGGCCCAACAGAAGAGCUAAUCCAAUUGUUGACAGAUGCAGGGCAGCAGAAGCUCAUGGUGGUGUCCAUUGUGGGAUUUGGGGGUCUUGGUAAAACAACACUUGCCAAACAGGUUUAUGAUAAGAUCGGGCAGCAAUUUGACUGCAAGGCGUUCGUUUCCGUUUCCCAAAGACCUGAUAUUGCAAGACUUCUCCGCACCAUACAGUCAAAAUUUAACAUACAGGAGUCUUCCCAAGCUCGUGAGGUUCAAGACAUCAUCGAUGACAUUAGAUACUAUUUGGGAAAUAAGAGGUACCUUAUUGUAGUCGAUGAUUUGUGGAAACAAGAAGCAUGGAAUAUUAUUCAUUGUGCUUUUCCAGAAAAUAGUAAUGGUAGCAGAGUGAUAGUAACCACGCGUGUGGAAGAUGUGGCUUGCUGGGCAUGUAGCAACCAUCGAUACAUUUACAAAAUGAAGGCCCUCGAUAGUGAUGACUCAAAAAAAUUGUUCUUCAAUAGAGUAUUUGGGUUCGAGGAUGGCUGCCCCUCACAGUAUGAAAAAGUUUCAGCUGAAAUAUUAAAAAAGUGUGGAGGUUUGCCACUUGCAAUUAUUACUAUAGCCAGCCUAUUAGCUUGUCGACCGGCAAGAAUAAUGCAAGAAUGGGAGAGGAUUCGGAAUUCUUUGGGCACCCCAUUUGGCACAAAUCCAAGCUUGGAAGGCAUGAGGCAAAUUCUAAAUCUUAGCUAUAAGAAUCUUCCUCUUCAUCUUAGAACAUGCCUCCUUUAUCUCGGCAAUUAUCCAGAGGACUACAAGAUCGGUAGGAAUGAUGUGGUUAGACAGUGGAUAGCUGAAGGCUUCGUGAGGAGCUCUCCUGGGCAAGACUUGGAGGAUGUUGGACAGAGCUAUUUCAAUGAGCUUGUCAAUAGGGGUUUGAUACAACCUGAGCAGAACUAUGAUCGGGAGGUGACGGGUUGCAGGGUGCAUGAUAUGAUGCUUGAUCUGAUCUUGAGCAAGUGCAAGGAGGAUAAUUUUAUCAGUGUUGCUUACAGUGGUGAAGACUACCUGUCCAUCGCUAGGCAGCAUGGGUACAGCAGCAAUAAGGUUCGCCGGUUGUCCCUGCAGUUCAAGGCUGCAGAAUCAGAUUGCACGGUGUUAAUAGAAGGCAAAGCAACUCCUGCUCACUUGGCUCAAGUUCGAUCAAUUUCACUGUUUGAAAAGAGUACAAGUGGUCUCCCAUUAUUGUUGCGGUUUAAAUAUCUCCGAGUGCUGCAUAUCAUGUUGGGUCACGGCUGCGAGCGAGCUGACCUCACUGCCGUUAGCAAAUUACUUCAACUAAGGUGUUUGAUAUUUCUUGACUAUGGUUGUAAGGUAGAGCUCCCUAGUAGAAUAUGUGAUCUUGUGCAUUUAGAGACACUGGAUAUAGCUUGUAAUGUUAUAACAAGCAUCCCGUUAGAUAUUGUUAGUUUGCCCUGCCUAUCCGACCUGAGGCUUCCAGGGGGUGUGCAGCUCAACUGUUUACCCAACAGCAAGUCUCUACGCACUCUAGUCAUAUGCCCUCCCCUGGAUAUGGACUUCUUCAAGGCCCUUGGCGAGCAGACCAAUCUAAGGGAUCUGCGCCUAUACUUUGACGGAAAGGAGUCGUCAACAGCUAGUAACCUUGAUUCUCUGGGGUCUUCUGUUGGAAAACUCCAAAACCUCAGAAAUUUGAAAAUCUAUUUCCAGUUUGGUAUCUCUGGUGACAGCCUGAUGGGCUCACUGUCUAGAUUUCCUCGCAGUAUUGAGAUAUUGGAUAUGCAAACUUGUUGCCUCUCCCGAGUUCCCAGAUGGAUCAACGUUGCUCUCGUUAACCUCCGCCGCCUACAUCUGUAUGUGUCAGAGGCUAGCACCGAUGAGGUUAGUAUUCUUGGAGAGCUGCCCUCCCUCGUCUUCCUCGAUUUGAAUCUGAGGCUGAAGAGCAAGGGCACCAUCAUGUUCGGAGGUGGUGAGGGGUCAUUCCCAGCUCUGGAGGAUCUCUUGUUGAGGUGUGUUGGCGAUGUUGCCUCACAUUCACGGCUGUGCUUCCUGGCGGGUGUAAUGCCCAAGCUCCAGAGGCUCGUGCUGCGGUUCUGGAUUUGUGAGUUGGGCAUCGAUACAGCACCUGUUGGCAUGGAGCACCUCUCGAGCCUCCAGCUCAUCUUUGUCGACAUCUACGUCCUGCAGGAGAAGAUAAACGUUUUUCCUCGGGACGCUGUUGAGCAUGUGUUCAGGCAAGCCGCACAAGCGCACCCCAACCAGCCUGCCUUCGAAUUCCAUUGCUCGGGGUGAUUGAUCCUGUGUCUGAAUUCUGAUCCUAUGUGUGUAUGUAACAAGUCGUGGAAACAGCAACAGCUCAGUGGUUUCUCCUGUUUGUGGUACUACAACAUUAUUAUAACUGUAAUUAAUAAAGAGCAUUUCACAAUUAUCAUUUUCUGUUUGUUAUACUUAUACAGAGCAUGUUGCCAUGUAUGAUUUCCUUCAUUAAAGCUGUGGCACCGUACUGACUCACCAGUCUCUCUGAGUCUCAAAGUUUCAACACUGAUCGUUCCAAUAUGCAUGAUUUUUUGUGGCAAACCUGGGGCUCAUAGCUUAUUGUACAAAGCAAUUCAAGCCGCUAAUAGCUCAUUACACAAUUUUUUGAGGGGGAGAAAUGCAUAGUAGAUGAGGAUAUCACAACAUGAAAACUGCUACAUGGGUGGUUUUUUUUUUUUUUUAAAAAAAAAGAAACAAGCGUAUAUGGAAAGGUGGUACUAUUAAACAACUAUACAAAGUUCUAAUAACAAAGUCUCAUUUCUGAUAUAUAAUGUUGAUAGGCAACAAAGAAUACAUACCCUUGUUUUUUUCCUUGAAAUUCCAGUAAAAAUCCUUGCACAAUAAAUUCACCAUUGAUAUUUGAAGUCUAAAAU